AUGACAUUGGGAACACUCUACGUGAAUGCUCAGUUUCCUAGAAACUCGCAUGUCUUGAAGCUAGUGAGAUAUCUCGGUUUGAAUAUCGACAUUGUUGACGUGAGAGAAAUCAACAACUAUGCGGAAAUUUAUGCAUUGCAUAAGGUGCCAUACUUUUUAGGGACGGACGGGUUCAAGUUACCAGAGGCCUAUGCGGUUGUCUGUUAUCUCAUUGACCUCUCGGGAGACCACGGCGACCUGUUGGGCCGUUCCACCAAGGAGAAGGCACUCAACACGGCGUGGUACUCGCUUGUUAACAUGGAGAUUAUCCAGAGGUACGGCGUCCUCCUUUCCGGUAAGACCCAGCAGGCCAAGGACAAGGCGACUGCCGAGCUGCAUGGCUUGUUGGAGUAUAUUGACGACGCCCUAGCGACUCGGGAGUUUCUAAUUGGAAACUCCUUCACGGUAUCGGACCUUUUUGCCCAUGACGCUAUAAAAACACUCCAUGGACUCAACAACGACUUUAAAUCCUACACAAACAUCAACCGCUACCUCGGCAGUUGUGGCUGUCACCCUUGUAUUGCUCCUUAUAUUUAG